CUCCGUCGGUGGAACUACGUCGGCGGAUGGCAUGUUGAACACGACCGAAAAUCCCAAGAAAGCUCCGUCCAAUCCAAACGUGAAACCGGAGAGAGAAAAAGAUCAGGACAUGGACAAACCCGACCAAGAAGCUCUCCCGCACUGGAGAGAAAGAGAAGAUCAUCUUUUAAUCUCUUUCUUUUUCAUUGGUGAUCUAAAAGUAUAAAUAGGGGAGGAGAAUCGUUUGGUGGAAGUGACAGCAAUUUUACGGAACCACUCCCUCUCUCUCUCUCUCUCUCUCUCUCUCUCUCUCCCCCUUCUUUGUGAGGAGGUUGCUGGCGAGUGGUUGCUGCUGACACCUUUUUUUCUUGGUGGGCAUUGAGGGGCGGGAGGUCUUCGAUCCUAGAACGCAUCAAUGGCUUCCUCCUCCUCGCUCCUCAGAGCCCUCUUUCUUCUACUUUCUCUCUCAGAUUCUGCGACUCAAAUUCUAGGCCUCGAGUUCGGGAUUAAUUAUGGCCAAAUAGCGGACGACCUGCCCUCGCCUUCUCGUGUCGCCACCCUCCUUGGAUCCCUCAACGUCAGUAGGGUAAAGUUGUAUGAUGCAGAUCCCAAUGUCCUCCAAGCAUUUUCCAAUUCCAAUGUCGACUUCAUCAUUGGUAUAGGCAAUGACAAUCUCCAGAACAUGACCAUUCUUGCCAACGCCCAAGAUUGGAUCCAACAGCACGUCCAACCUUACAUUGGCCAAACCCAGAUCAGCUGCAUCGUGGUUGGUAACGAAGUGUUAAACAGCAGCAAUAACCAAUGGAUGCCUUAUCUCGUCCCGGCGAUGAAAACCGUAUAUUCAGCCCUUUCCAACCUUGGACUGAAUAAGCAAGUCGCGGUCACAACAGCGCAUUCACUCAAUAUUUUAGCUACUUCAUACCCGCCCUCUGCAGGUUCUUUCUGGCCAAAUCUUGCUCAGUACCUCCAACCCCUGUUGAAUUUCCAGGCGCAGAUAAAUACUCCAUUUCUCAUAAACGCGUAUCCUUACUUUGCGUAUAAGGGUAGUCCGAGCGAGGUGUCGCUGAAUUAUGUGCUUUUCCAGCCUAAUGAAGGGCUGACCGAUCCCGUCACCAACUUGCACUAUGAUAAUAUGUUGUACGCUCAAAUUGAUGCGGUUUAUUCAGCUAUUAAAGCGAUGGGACAUACUGAUAUCACCGUCAGGAUUUCUGAGACAGGUUGGCCGUCCAAGGGUGAUGACGAUGAGGCAGGGGCUACACUGGAGAAUGCGCAUAUAUACAAUGAAAAUUUGUUGCAGAGGAUAGAGCAGAAACAAGGUACCCCUGCUAAGCCAUCGGUGCCUAUUGACAUAUACGUGUUUGCGCUAUUUAACGAAAACUUGAAGCCUGGUCCGACAUCUGAGAGGAACUAUGGACUCUACUAUCCAGAUGGUACUCCAGUUUAUAGCCUUGGAUUGCAAGGUUAUCUUCCAGAACUAUAUUCAGCGACUGGGACAAGACCAGGAUUAUAUUCAGCGACUGGGACAAGAGUAUCGCCUUUCUCUGUUGUUUUAGUAUCCAUCAUGACAUUCUUAAUGAAUAUUUGAGAGCAUGCUAAUCUGUUUACCGAGGGAAGGCUUCAACAAAACAAUCUCGAAGCAACUUUUUAGGUGAGCAUUUCAUCAUUUAUAUUUGUGCUGAUCAUCUUCUCUGCCCAAUAUUGCCGACUUGUUACUUUUUCGUGAUUCCCCCCCAACCCCCCAAAAAAAAAUCUCUCUAUCGAAUGACCAAAUGUUUGUCUAGUAAAAUGGGAGUUCACACCUGCCUUAGCAUCUUGACAAGUUCAAGGAACAUGCACUAAGAAGGAAGAAGAAGGCACUUCCCGUUGAUUUUCUUUGUAUUAGAUAUAAUUCUGCAUCAAGGUUCACAUAGCUGGUAUACUUUAUCGUCACUUGGAUUGUGAAGCCAGGCUAAUUCAAGGACCCGCUGAUACUUAUGUACAGUGACAGAGGACUUUAGAACUGGAUUAAAAUUAUACAGCAUAUUGGCUCAGCAUGGCUGCCAAUUUUUCUAAACAUAAGAUCAGCACGACACGGUUGUGUUAGCGUGUCAGAAUAGGCGGGCCUUUUUCUUUUUCUUUUACUGUUCCUGCUUUGUGUUUCUGCCAUAUGAACGAAAUCUCCUCAUAUUCAUUAUUUAUUAAAGAUACGCGUCUAAUGGGUCUCUCUUCUUUAAA